CUAUAUGAGAUUCAUAUUCAGGGUUUUGUGAGAAAUACUUUUGAAUCGCAAUUUCCAUUCAAGAGCAUUUCACAAGGAUAUGGACUUUGACUGUGUCCGCGAGUGCUCUCACAUCUUUUCUUCUGCGGCUUUAGCGGAUUUCAGUGACAGCAGAGCGAACAUGUCGGGACAUGCCUGUGUGUCUGUGUCCCAGCGCGCAGCGCUCUGUAGCGCACCGGGCAAGUGCCAGUCAACUUAAACCGCAAGCGAAACUGGACCGAAUUUGCCCAAAGCCACAGGAGAAGAUUACUUUAAUGGGACAGAGAUUUAAGUGACUGCUGAGAUUAUAUGGAAUGGACUGCUCGAUGGACGAAUAUUACAACGGUGGACAGUGUCACAAGUGCCCACAAUGUCCACCUGGCCAAGAACUGAAAGAGGACUGUGGUUAUGGUGUAGGAGUGUCGGCAGUGUGUGGCGUAUGUGAAGUUCGGUGGUUUAAGGAAGUCUGGGGUUCUCACCCUUGCGCACUGUGCCAGAAUUGCCGCAGACUCAACAGACACCAAAUCAAGCACUGCACACACACAGACAAUGCAGUGUGUGGAAACUGCCUCCCUGGUUUCUACAGCAAAAUGCGACUGGAUGGACAAGAAGAUUUAGAAUGCCUUCCAUGUGGCCCCACACCCUUCAGAAACAUACAGUGUAGCCGUACAGGGGGGACUGGUGUUGCAAAAGCCCAGACCUCAGCACCUUCCAUCCAAAAUGUAUCGUCCAUAGUGACCGCUUGUGCAGCAACAGCUAUAUUAACAGCCAUCCUAUUUACAAUCGUGUGUGUCACCUACCAGACACGGUCUUCACUCAGGAAAACAUGCAAACGUUGUUUAUCACCCAUCAGUAACGGUCACCGUGACAGUGAUGCAGCUUCGGUUCCAAUGACAACCCUGCACACAGUGAUGCAGGAUGCAGAAGUGGACACAUCAAAUCCUUGCCUGCUAUUGAAGCACCCCUGCACGCUUAAUGACAUCACCACCAUGAUGACCACUGAUCUUGGCAUGCAUAGGUGUGAGGUUCUUCCUCUGAUGCGAAGCUCGGCCUGCACCGAUCCUGCAACGGGAGUCAUCAUGCAGGCAACAGAAACACCUGAAGUUUCUUCUUCAGACUCCUCCCUCUCCAGCCAGCAGGUCAUUCUCACUCUGGUAGGAGGACAGUCUGCAGUGAGGCCCUGCUGUGCCGUAGAGCAGCGAACAGCCUGGGGGCUUCAUGCUCCUGUAGAGUGCACUGAACUGGACCUUCAGUAUCUCUCCAUCCCGGAGCUCCAGGCAUUCAGACCUUCAGACUUCAUAGCCAGAAAUAUCCCACAGUGCUCUCAGGCCUGAUUCUGCAGGACCUAGAGAAAAGAGAGCCAGAAGAGAGAGAUUGUGGAAAGUGGAAAUGGAGAUUGUUAACGUGAAGAGAGAUCACAGCUGCAAACAUACGAUUAUGGUAAUGAGACACUUAAAGAAUCAACAUACACACUCAAUACAUAUAUAUAUCAUGAUGUGAAGUUAAUUGAAAUAAGUGUGCUACUGUAGUUUGAGGUUUCUGCAAUGUGAGAAACAGGUGCUUAUUAGCACAAAAGGACAUUAACAGGAAAGAGACAGAGAAAAAAAGAUCUUCAUUCGUCUAAAAAGUCGCAAUUAACAGAAGUAGCGACAGAUGUAUUCUUCGGUAUUUUGAUGUACUAAGUGAACUGGAUUGUCAAAGAAGGAAAAAAAUGUAGAGUGGGACUUAGUUCUAUCCAUUGGUUGUCAAUUGCUGGUUGAUCAUUCACAAGAAGAUCAAUAACAUAUAUUUAGAAAUGUUCAUUUAAUUCAGACUUUAAUUGAACACCACCCAUUUACAUUUAGGGAAUAGUUCACACAAAAUUAGAAUUCUGUCAGUAUUUACGCACAAUAGGAUAUAGUAUCUGCUCAAUGUAAGCUCACUACUGCUGUCUAGUAGAUAUGGGAAUGGUUAGGAGGCCAUGAUGGUCAGAGGCCAAUGGGCAAAUUUGGCCAGGAUGCUGAGUUCACAGCUCUACUCUUUUCGAAUAACAUCCUGGGAUUUUUAAUGACCACAAAAAAUGAGGACCUCAGUUUAACGUCUGCGAAGGAUGGAUAUAACAACUAUACUAGAACUGCUACAAAAGCCAUAACUGGAGUUUAUGGAGACUGCGCUUGAUUUAGCAAAUCACUGGAUUUAUAACUAACACUACUAUUACCAUUACUGAUGACAGCCUCUGACUUGCUGUUUCCUCCGCUAAAACUUUUUGGAGUUUUGGACUGAACAGUAGUAUGCUGCUGGACAAGCCAAACUGGCUUAUGCCUAAACGGUGUCACAUUACUAGGUUUCGGCAUUGCAUUACUACUUUAAACCAGCAAAACAUAAAACAAUUAAUUUUAUUGUUCAUUAAAGGGGUGGUUGAUCAUCUUUUUUCAAAUGCUUGAUUGUGUUAAUGGGGUGCAGUGUAAUGUGUUCAUGUUUCGUUUAAAAAAAAAAAAAAAAAAAAAAAAAAAAACUUUUUUUUCACAUAUUUUACCUUUAUUCUACAGCACUGUUUCCAUUGUCUUCAAAACGGUCUGUUGAGUUACUGGUUCUAUGAAGCCCCUCCCUCAAAAUUACGCAAUGGGCUCUGAUUGGUUAGCGGGCUCAGUGUGUUUGUGAUUUGCUAACCUCCUAAUACACGUUGUCCGGAAAUGUCACGCCCCCUUACCAUUAAGGGUAGUUGCAUGUUCCCGGGGGCGGGGUUUAUGUAUGCAUCGGGUUAGUGAUGUCACAAACCCAGGAAGAAGCUCGUUGUAGUCCCUUCCAGCUGUUUUUUGUAGUCCUUAAACAGCAAAUUUUCUCCCUUUGCAUUGAACUCUGAGCAUCAUAACUUUGCAGACAUUGUUUAUGCUCUAACAGCAACAUUUUACACUUAACUAAAGUUCGAAAAGUGAAAUCAUUAUCAACCACCCCUUUAAAUGUAACUGACAGCACGUGUAAAAAAAAAUUAUGCUGGGGAAAGGAAAUUCUGGCUAUCACAGGUUGUUGUGUGAACCCGCCUUGAUUUAAGAACAAUUAUCCUAAUCCUUAAAGCUUCGGUCUUAGAUGUGGCUAAGUGGUUUAGCAAAAUUAACUAUCAAAACUGGAACAUGCCACAACAUGUCGUAUUGCGAUAUUGCCUUGAUAAAGCUUGACAUGAUUGUGUCCCUUGCAUUCCACGUAAAUGGGUUUCAUCUCAAUCUGUUUUUUUUUUUUUUUUUUUUUGGCUGCCUUAAAUUGAAUAAGCACAGGAUGUUUUUGAGAGUGAAAUGCAUCUCUCCAACACUUUCAUAGACUCUAUAGCCUGUUAGUGCUGCAGGGAAACAGUAUGUGAGCACAUGUCAAUCAGAUUUCCCACAAAGCUUUUUAUUCAACAGCAGUGCAAAAUUGGAGCUAAAUUCUUUUGGCAGUGUGAUAAAGGACCUGUGCACCUCUGUAAUUUUAUACACACACAGAAUAUUCCAAGCUUCAGUAUUUUGACAGGGUUGAACAAUAUUUAUCCAAAAACCAAUAUUUACGCAAAUUCAAGUACACAACUACUAAUGUACAGUAAGUUAACUGCACAGAGGAAAUUAUGUUUUUGAUACUAUCCUAAAAUAUAAUUGAACCUCAUUACAACAAGCGUGUGCAAACCUGUUUUAAAACAUGUGCAUUACAGUUCUUUGAAGAAAACUGCAGUUAGCCGCCUGAGGAGCGAGAUCUAUUGUAAAUAGAAGUGUUAUCGUGUGGGCCAACGGCGGUUCUUUAGUCAUUAGGUGUGUCUGUGAAUACACAAAAAUGUUUUUGAGGUGGUUUGGUGGACAGAUGCACAUGGGAUGCCACAGGUGCCACAAAAACUGUACAAUAUUGCAAUGGAUAUUCGGCUUCACUCUGUCCAAACUCGUUUUUAUACUCCAUAUGUGCGGCCCUCACUUCACAGGCAAGUAUAAAAUAAUGCAAAAAAAAUGAUCAUUCUGAAAUGAAGAUUGAUACAUUCUUCUCCUAUUUUAUUCUGGUGACAUUAAAGUGCAUUUAAAAAAAUAAUAAUAGCAGUUUUGUUAGAUCUAGCCUAUUUCCUGAGUAGUUUAAGAGUUGGCAUUUUAAGUUGCUGGGAAUGAGGCAUAGCAAUGACCUCUUCAAAAUGGACCACAUCCAAAAAGGCAUUUAAAGCAAUUGUUCCUCUUUUUGCACCUUAGAUACAUAUUGCUUUUCAUUUGUAAAGCUAAUUAAAAAGCUUGAACAUUUUAGCAUUAAUAUGUAAUUUUUCUUCUACUGUAAAAUGGUGCUAGCUUCUUUUUUGUAUAUUUUACAUAUUUGUAGCAAGUCUGCCUGCAUUUUGUUGUGCUAAACAUUUAUUGAGUAUUGUUGUGUUAAAAACCAUACAUUCAUUGUAAAAUUUAUAUCAAGAGUUCUAUUUUAUUUGUAUUUUUUUUUUUUCAAAAAAACAAAAACAAAAAAAACUCAGUGUUAAAUGUGACAAACUGUGUUGUAUUGUAGCAACAGUAAGAAUUUUUCCACUUUAAGUUGAAUGUGUUUUUAAUGAAUCAGGUACACUAUUUUGUGGGAUAAUGCAAUGAUGCUAUUGUUGCCAGUGUUGUUUUGUUUAGUAUAUUUCAAAUAAAUUGUUUUUCUACUUUUUUCAUUAUGCUAAUGUCAGAUUUUUGUUAAUUUUGCAUCAGUACACCAAUGCAAGGUUUCGCCAAGUCAAUGUAUAAAACAUACAUAAAAACAAUUAUAUGGGUUAUAAUUAUUUUUUAAAAGUUGAACUUAAACAUUUUAUACAUCAAACUGAAAAUGCACAAGCUGUACUGAAAGAAAAACUCAUUAAGGUGUGACUGCCAUCUACUGUUCAGUUGUAAACAAUGGAGGUUUAUAUUUAGCAGAACCUGUCUCUAGAGCCUAUUUGCUGAAACUUUAGGUCAUUUGAUC